AUGUCAGUUUCCAUUUUGAUACAGCAGGAAAAGCUUCCCCCUCCUCGACCUCCUCCACCAAGGAUCCAGCGCAACACCGUACCCGUCCGUCCCCCGAGACCCAAUGUUGCUCGCCGGCCCAAAAGUAACGCUGUGGUGGAGAGCCGUAGGACUUCAAUCUCCAGCCCUGACCACGUUGUGAAGCCUACUCGCCACUAUACUGUCUUCCUUUCUGAAGAUUCUUCUGAUGAUGAGUUCCUGCAGGAGGAGGAUCCUGUUUCUGCUUUCUCUGAAAACUUUAUCUUCUCUGCUCCGUUUGAAUGGCCCCAGCAGUAUCGAACAUUGAAGGAAUCAGAUGCUGAUGGUGAUGAGAUUAUCAGUCCAGAAAAGGAAAGUGAUUCAGUGCUGGACCAUGAUCCAUCACAUAAGGAGGUCCCAAAUAUCAAUCUACUAGAAGAUAUCUUUAGUAAUUUCAGUGUGGAAUCACAACCACCACUUUUAAGUCAAGCCAAGAGUUUGGAAGAUUUGAGAACCCCCAAGGAUGAUCAUGAAGACCAUUUUACAUUUGAUUAUCAGAGAAUGGAUCUCACAGUACCAGAAAGAAAUCGAUUGGUGCCACCAAUGAAAUACAACCACCCGUACAAUAAACUGUGGAGCAUGGGGCAAGAUGACAUGGCUAUUCCUAACAAAUAUCUCCAGGUUUCACCUGAGGAACAGACAUCCCUUACUGGGAGCGACUCCAGUACUCCACAUAGGGAAAUUACUUCAUUAUCUGUUGAUAAAGAAGGAACAUCUGGCAUUAGCAGCCAUGGUAACAUCACCAUCCCGAGACCACAUGGAAGGAAAACGCCAGAGUUGGGAAUCGUUCCACCCCCACCAGCACCUAGAGUCUCUAAGCAGCAAAAUGUACCAGCAGUAGCUGAAUCAGGAACACUACAGCUUGGGGAGAACAUUGGCUUUCCUUUGCAAACUAUACAAGGACCCUUUGGAGAACCAUCAGUAUCGGAUGGACACAGACAAGUUUCUGAUUCUAGUUCUAUGGAUUUGUUACAGCCUGUUAAAGUUUCUACUGAUAUAUCUGUAAAUGAUGAUAUUCUUAGUCUUUUAGAUCCUUUAAUGGCAGCUCAGGGCCAGAGUGACCCCAUGCAUCCUCUAGGUAGUGGUCUUCAGAGCUCUGAAGCACCACACUACUCCAGCACUCCAUGUUUUACCUCUCUACACAGUGAUUUUACUCCUGCAGCUUUCCCUCACCAGUUAGGAUAUUCCACACCACAACCUGCAUUUAUACAUUCACCCCUUAACCCAUUUAUUCAAGCAAUGCCACCGGACCAUUCUAUCUCUGUGAUAGGCAUUACAGCGAGACCAUUUACUCCACCAGUUGUCUCCAACUCUCCUUUCUCAAGGUCUGUUUUUUAUCACAGCCAGAGACGCCCAACUCCAGCCUUGCCAGGAAGUAGCUCACUAAGCAAUGUUCCAUCUGGCAUGACAGUCAACACGUUAAUGCAACAAAGUCAAAUGACCUCAGAAACACGGCAAAACAUUCCACCAAUUAUGACUGGCCUAUCUGGCCAUAGAACUUUCCCUAUGACUAAGCCUCCGGCCAAACCUAAAGACAAGCCCAGGGAGUAUCCAGCCAUACCUCCUAGACCUUCAAAAAAUUCUGACCCUGUCCUUCUCCCUUCUAGACCAGGUCAGCCCAAGGAUCCUUUUGAUGAGCUGCUGUCCAAAACUAAAGAAGCAGUAACUCCAACACCAGGCAAAGUAGAACAACUCCGGAAGCGAUGGGAGACUUUUGAGUAGGAUUUAAAUUUCUAGAUUUUGGUUGAGGAGCAAGUGGUCCAGUAGUUAAAAGAACUUGUGGAAUGACCAGGAAAUCAAAUAUUUGCUCUCAAAUUUCAGACAUUUUGGAAUUAAAGGCUUUAAUCACAGUU